UGUUACUUCCUUGCGGUGCAGGAGGUAGGAGCGACGGAAAGGAACCAAUCGCGUUUCGCGGUCGCCGCCCCUUGGUCCGUCCGAGUGAAGUGGAUGGAAAGGCAAAAGUUGGCGUGUCAGUCGAGUUGGAGAACGCAGAGCACAUCAUCCCUCUCCCUUCUCUCUAUCUAUGCACGUGCUACUCCCUCCCGCGGCUCAGGUGCGGGACAUCAGCUCACCCAUUAGUGCUAUGAGGCUGAUGGAGGUCAUAGCAAGAUUAAACGGUGGCAUAGGCACGCCUACUUCUUGGCGUUCUACAGACACUCCUGAUGAUCAAUCUUUGUCUCCGACAAGUUGUACAACCCUGUCCGACCCAGACGCGGAGCUGACGUACACCAUUGGGGUGACCGAGAACACCCCCUAUGCGUGCCACUUCUGUGAUAAAGCCUUUCCGCGGCUCAGUUACCUGAAAAGACAUGAACAGGUGCACAGCGAGCACAUGCCGUUCAAGUGUGAUUUCUGUCAGAGGCUGUUCAAGCACAAACGAAGUCGAGAUCGCCAUGUGAAACUACACACAGGUGACCGCAAAUACCGCUGUGGACAAUGCGAGGCCGCAUUCUCUCGCAGUGACCAUCUGAAAAUACACAUGAAAACGCAUGACAACGCCAAGCCUUAUCAGUGCGCCGUCUGCAACAGAGGCUACAAUACCGCAGCAGCUCUCACCUCACACAUGCAAAACCAUAAAAAAGAUCAAAGCAACAACCCUUCCAGCCCAUCCUUUCAGCACCAUCCUUUCCGAUGUCUCCAGUGCACAGCAGGCUUUUCCACAUCUAAAGACCUUCAGAUGCAUGUAGCGACGCAUGAUAAUGAGGUAUCUACGAAUGAAAAAGCACUCCAAUGCAACUUUUGUUCAGAAACCUUCUCUAAUGCUGAGUGUCUAAGACAACACGUUGAACAGAAACAUGCUCCCGAAACGCAAGGAAAAUGUCCGGAAUGUAUGGAAACAUUUGCAUCUCUGGAAGCACUUCUGCAACACAAGAAGAAUCAUGAAGAAGGAACUCCUAAAGAAACUUCUAGUACUGCUAGAUUUGCUUGUGGAUUUUGCACCAAGAAUGAAUUUCCAACUAUGGAUUCAUUACAACAACAUAUGCAGGAGUCUCAUGUUCCAAUGAGCAACAGUCUGGAGUCUUCAACUACUCAUGCUUCUUCGACAAGUCCAAUGAGCAAUCCCAGAGCAACUCCUGACACACCCUCACGUUCGCAGAAUGCUUCAUCGACAAAUCCUUAUGGCUGCGAGUACUGUACUAUGAGAUUCAGCAGUCUACACGGCCUUCAGAAGCACACAUUGUCUGUGCAUAGUUUUAGUGAAGUUGUAGAAAGCGGCUCAGAAAAUGUUUAUUGUUCUCAGUGUAACAAAGCCUUCUCUAGUACAGCUAUUUUAGCUGAUCAUGUAAGGACAAUGCACGAGAGAGAAGCAAAUGUUCCUAAAGAUUAUGCUGAGAAAAAGUCCCAGUCCAGAAGCAAAAAUUCCAGUCCCAGACAUUUGCCACUGCCUGAGAUUCCAAUUUUCAAUGGCACAACUCCUCAUUUUCCUAGCCCAGGAACGUUUCUCUGUAGCCAAUGUAAUGCAGCUUUGCCUGAUUUCGAAUCCUUCCGCACUCACUUAAAAACCCAUCUUGACGCUGUAGUAAAAAAGUUUAGUUGUUCCGAAUGUGAUGGACAGUUUCCUACGGAAGAACUCUUAGAUGCUCAUGUUGCUAACCAUUAUUUGGCCACAGCUACAGAAUAUGGCUGUCAAAGUUGUCUAAAGAUGUUUGUGAAACCGGAUCAUUUACAAAAACAUCUCAUGGACAUACAUGCUCAUCAACUAUUUCAAUGUGCAUUGUGCAAAGAGAUAUUCGAUUCCAAAGUGAAUAUUCAGGUUCACUUCGCAGUGAAACACAGCAACGAAUGCCACUUGUAUAAGUGCACUUCAUGCAAUUCUAUGUUUAGAACUGAGAUAGAGUUUCAUUUACAUGUCAAAGUAGCCCACUUGGCGAAAAUGCAGCCAUUUCGAUGCUUUCUAUGUGAUUUAUGCUUUCCAACAGAACUACAAUUGCAACUUCAUCUUCAGAGUCAUAAAAAACCAUUUUCUUGUGUGUUUUGUCGCGAAGAAUUUCAUGUAGAAUAUCUUCUUGAUCGUCAUAUUCAAGAAAAACAUUCUACUGAAAACUUAGUAUCAGCUCCUGGCAAUGAUGUGGACAGUGUUCAGAAUCUGAGUCUCAAACCGUGUCCAAAAAUUGACAGCGAUAUUAAUUUUUCUAUGAACAAUAAAAAACAAUUGCGUUGUGAUAUAUGUGAUGCAAGUUUUGCCAUUGAAUCAUCGCUUAGUGUGCAUAGGCGACAAGUUCAUAACAUACGAACUUCUGGUUCCCAAAAACCUGGUCAAACUACUCUUAGUUUAUUCUGUGCAUAUUGCAAUGAA